AUGUCGUUCCUUGCACCGUACACGAAUGCCAUGAGGCUUGGACAAGGCUUUAACUCAUACACACAAGAAAUCUGCAUUGAAAACGCCGUCCUCAUCGAGCCCGCCAGAAAGGCCCGCCUCAGCAGCAGCUCCAUCGCCGCCCGACGUUCUAGCCAGCCAGCCAUUUCCCAUUCACCGCUGCACCCAGGAUCCGCCGACACGACACUAAACCCAAAAAGCAGCACCGAAUCACUAGCAUCAGAUGCCUCCCACUCAGUGGCCAUGGUGCGAAAGGUCUCGAGUUCAUCUGCACCCGGAAACUACGCCACCGGUCCCAACACCCUCUCCGUCCCCGCAACAACGGUCCGCCCAGCCGAACUGACCCCGCCACACAAGAACGUCGUUCAAAUCGUCACCUACUCCUCGCGCAUGGUGGACAACGUGUCCGACAUAGUGCAAGCGCUCAACAUCUCGUCGAGCGCGUCGAUCAAAUACGGCACCAUCAAGGGCUCCGGCAGCGCCUCCGUCGUCAACGAGAACAAGGUCAACCAGUCCGACCUCAACUACAUCGUCACCGUCAAAGUGACCAACGAGACCUCCCCCGUCGCCGACAAGAUGACCUUCAACCCGAUCCCGGAGAUGGACAACACCAAAUUCACCGACGUCUUCGGCGACUGCUUCAUCAGCGGCUUCACCGAAGGCGGCGAGUUCAGCGCCAUCGUCAGCAUCAAGGUGAGCGACAAGUCGAAGGUCUCCGCCGUCAAGGCCGCCGCCGAGGCCGAAAUCGCCAUCGCGGCCGCGCCCGGCCUGUCCGUCGGGACGAAGAACGGCCUCGACAAGGGCAAGAGCGACGUCUGGGACGACACCGAGACCACCAUCUCCGUCAACUGGGCCGGCGGCGGGGACCUGAAGCCCGCGGACGAGAAGUGGGACCUGGCGACCGUGGUCGACGUGGCGACGCGGUUCCCGCACCUGGUGCAGACGUGCGCGCAGCGGACCUCGGCCGUCCUGACGCGGUACACGAGCCUGCGGAGCUUCAACGAGGCCGACGCGCGCAACCCGGCGGGGGACCGGUUCCGCAUCCUCGACUACGACCUCUGCUCGCUGUACACGCAGGAUCUCUUCAGCGCCUUCCUCGCCUACAAGGACAUCUGGGCCGAGCUGUCCGAGAUGAUGAAGAACCCGGACCGCUACCGCGAGCGGGACCCGGGCACCGAUGUCCCGGACCCGAUCACGUUGACGCCGCGGAGCUUGAACGAGGCGAGGCUGCUGGCGCGCAAAGGGCUCACUCAGAUCACGGACGUGACCAAGGACCUAAUCUACAACCCGUCAUUGGCCGAUUUGGACGGGAACGGGAACCAAAGACCAGUGCCAUACGCCUGGCCCGGGGAGAUUAGGAAAAGGAUGCCGAUCCGACACCACGGCCUCACGAUCCGCGAGCAAGCCGACCUCGUGCGCCGCGACACCAACUACGGCCUCCUCACCGCGCAAGAAGUGUCCAAGAUCGGGCAGUGGGCCCGGGACGAGGACCUCGAAUUCGCGCCCCUGAUCGGCGACCGCCUGCCCGUGCCGACCUCCUGGCUGCACCGGCGCCGAGACAGCCUCUUCUGCACGCUGGACCAGGAGCGGAGCGCCAAGACGCUCGACCGCCUCACCCGCCUGCGCUUCCACGCGCACGAGUGCCGCUCCGUCAACUGGCUCGCCGUCAUCGGCCGGCAGACGCACUCGAAGCGAUGCCAGGGGCGCCUCUCCUCCAUCGGCUUCAGCACCGACGGCGAGAGCCCCGCGACGGCGCGCGACGACGGCACGCACCACGGCGUCGGCGGCCGGGCGAGCGCGAACCCGGCCUUCUGGUCGCAGCCGCUCGCGGACCUCGAGCGCGCCGCGGCGAGCAAGGUCCGCGUCGAGUACGAGCAAGGGUCCGGCUGCCUGGCGGCGCUCAUCGUGCUGGACGCGCACGGGCAGGAACUGACGAGCUGGAAGGAGUACGGGCAGGGGAAGGUGAGCAUGCCGGCGGGGCUCAAGAGCGUGGAGCAGGAGGCGCCGGACGAGAGGAGCGGCUGGGUCCUGGCCGGGUUCUGGGGACAUGACGAUUCGGUGGUGAUUACGAGUGUGGGGGCGAUUUGGCGGAAGGCUUGA